AUGGGUUGUGUGUUUGGGCGAGAGGCUUCGGCUGUGUCAACAACAACAACAUCGGAGCCUAAAGUUGCAAAGAGCUGUAAAACCAACGCAGCAGGAGAAAGUGUACAAGUGAGCAAGACUGUACAAGCAGUAGAGAAGAAGCAUGAGGAGGUCGAAACCACCGGAAAAUCGAAAGGAGAUGGAAGAAGGUCAAAGCCUAAUCCACGGCUGAGCAAUCCGUCAAAGCAUUGGCGCGGUGAACAGGUCGCCGCUGGUUGGCCUUGUUGGCUCUCAGAUGCUUGUGGUGAAGCCUUAAAUGGCUGGAUUCCAAGAAAAGCAGACACUUUCGAGAAAAUCGACAAGAUUGGGCAAGGAACAUACAGCAAUGUGUAUAAAGCAAAGGACAUGUUGACUGGUAAAAUCGUAGCCCUGAAGAAAGUCCGGUUUGAUAAUCUGGAGCCAGAGAGCGUGAAAUUCAUGGCGAGAGAGAUUCUCGUGUUGCGGAGGCUUGAUCAUCCCAAUGUUGUCAAGUUGGAAGGUUUGGUUACGUCGAGGAUGUCUUGUAGCUUAUACCUUGUGUUUCAGUACAUGGAUCAUGAUUUGGCUGGCCUUGCGUCAAGCCCUGUUGUUAAGUUCUCUGAACCAGAGGUUAAAUGUUUGAUGCGUCAGUUGCUAUCUGGUAUGGAGCAUUGUCAUAGCCGGGGCGUGCUUCAUCGUGAUAUCAAAGGAUCAAAUCUUCUCAUCGAUGAUGGUGGUGUCCUCAAAAUUGCUGAUUUUGGACUGGCAACCAUUUUUGAUCCUAAUCACAAACGGCCAAUGACUAGCCGAGUGGUCACAUUGUGGUAUCGAGCUCCAGAGCUUCUUCUUGGUGCUACUGAUUAUGGUGUAGGUAUUGAUCUCUGGAGUGCUGGGUGCAUUUUAGCUGAGCUUUUGGCAGGAAGACCUAUCAUGCCCGGUCGGACAGAGGUGGAGCAACUCCAUAAGAUUUACAAGCUUUGUGGUUCACCAUCAGAGGACUACUGGAAAAAAGGAAAAUUUACACAUGGAGCAAUAUACAAACCACGUGAACCAUACAAAAGAGGCAUAAGAGAGACGUUUAAAGAUUUCCCACCAUCAUCUCUCCCGCUCAUUGACGCCCUUCUUUCAAUCGAACCAGAAGACCGCAAAACUGCGACUGCUGCUUUAAAUAGUAAAUUCUUUACAAGCGAACCAUAUGCCUGUGAACCUGCUCAUCUCCCAAAGUAUCCUCCGAGCAAAGAAAUAGAUGCAAAGCGACGAGAUGAAGAAACUCGGAGACAAAGAGCUGCUAGUAAAGCCCAAGGGGAUGGUGCCAGGAAGACUCGGCACAGAGAUCGUUCAAAUCGAGCACUUCCAGCUCCAGAAGCUAAUGCAGAACUUCAAACAAAUCUCGAUCGAAGGAGAUUAAUCACACACGCCAACGCAAAGAGUAAGAGUGAGAAGUUUCCGCCACCGCAUCAAGACGGUGGAGCAAUGGGGAUACCAUUAGGGGCCUCGCAGCACAUAGACCCGACAUUCGUUCCACCAGAUAUGGUCUCAUCCUUCACUUCCACUUCUUUCAAUUUUGCCAAGGACGAACCACCGACACAAGUCCAGACUUGGUCAGGUCCUUUGGGUCAUCCCAUCACUGGCAUUUCCAGAAGGAAGAAGAAAGAUAAUACCAAAAGCAGCAAAGGAAAAAGAGCAGUGAUUGCUUGA